AUGGCUACGAAUUCCAUCAAGCUCUUGACUGGCAACAGUCACCCGGAGCUUGCUCAGCUGGUUGCGGAUAGAUACCUACAUCGAGUAUAUCUUGCUGACUUAUUAUCUGUUGCGGUUUCGCGGGGGGUUGAUGCCCUCCAACCGCAGCUUGAGCGCAUGCUGCCAGACUUGGAAUUGAGUUGA